AAGGGCGACGGCCAAAUUUGGCCGCGAUGGCAGCUGCGAGCCCUCGUCCGUGGGUGCUGCGGCGCCGCACCGUCUCGGCGAAGCAAGCAACCCGCCCGCAGCCGAAGCGAGCUGCUCGCCGCUCGCCUUUUGAACGCAAGACGCUGCCCACCUUGGCGUCGCUCAUCCUCCGCGGGCAGGUCUCCGGAGGCGCCCAGCAGCAUGAGUCGCAGCGUCGGAGCGCGGAGCAUCGGCUGAGUUCUGUCGGAGAGAAGCGCCGCCUUCGCCGCCUGCUGGGCGCCGCACAUGGCUUUGCGCUCGUCUUCUGCGCCUGGCCGCUGACGCCAUAUGGCAGCCCCGGCCGCAGCAUGCACACAGCCUCCAUAAGCAUGCUCCCUCUAAAGUCUGCUGGACGGCGCAGCAGGAACACAUCGUAGCCUCUGCACGCCGACGCUCCAUGCUGCGGCACCUCGCGAGCGACGUGGGCGACCCUUCGCUCGGCCGCCGACCUUCCUAGCGCACUACGCCCGUCAACGCCCCGCCGAUCCUGCUGCUGCGCCCGCCGCCGCUCGCUUGCAGCUUAAUGCGACGGCUCGCCUCUCACGCCUGUCUCGCGAGACGCAGCCUGCUUGCCGCAGCAGCCUGCCAGCCGCAGAUGCAGCC